UUGUUUCUCAGGCUGAUUUUCCAUCACUUCCUGCAUCCCAGACCCAUCAUUCCACUGAACCCACCAAGACUUUCGUUUCUAAAACACCACGUAAAAGGGCUCCAACUGCUAGGGCCAUUGCUGCUGUUGUUCGUGGCAUGACAAUUAAAGAAAAUGCUGAUCAGGGGUUUCAAAUUGUUUAUGUACCUAAUGCUAUCUGUCUUCCCAUUAGUACUCAACGUCAACGUCUUAGGAAAUUAAAGAUAGACAAUGCACGUGUGCUGGAUCUCCACUAUCCUGAUCGUAAGGUGAUGGGAAUGCUUGUACAUAAUGAGUAUGCUCCUGAGCUCAAGACUAUCUUGGCGAGUUAUGGUGUUACUACUUUGGAUAACUUUGAUCCUCUGGACCCUGUUCACCUCCGUGACCCAGCUCUGGCCUCUCUUUCACUUGAUGAUAGGGCAACAAAAGCUAUACAUGUUUACAAUGAUUGUAUGCUACGUGCCAUUGAAUUCAUUAGGGCUCCUGUCAAGUUUGCUGUUGCACGUUCCUUUUGCUCUCAGGGAUGGAUUAGUGAUGACCAACUAGCUGAGAUUGUUCCCCCACGACCCACCAAAAAAGACUUGGACAUCUCUAUACAUACUGCCAGCAUCACCAUCCCUUCAUUCUCUGAUCUAUGA